AUGUCUGCGUCCAUGAGAGCCAGUUCAGCGCCAAGUUCAUCGAGGCCGGAGCAAGCACUGGACGCCAGAGUAGCAGAACUGAAUUUUCAAGUCCCAGCAGAGAGCAGAAAUACACAGCCCCCUCCUAUCAACAUCCCAGAUGAACUGCUGGCCAGCCUUACCUCUACUGUCUACAACAGGAGCACACUGGGGCACACUGCACACCAUCGGCACUGCAAGGGCUGUGGAAUCAGACGGCCAGAUGCAGUCUGGCAUCACCCACUUGGACGCAAGAAAUACAAAUACUUUCUAGAGCAGCCAACGUCCCUGACUGGAGCAGGCAGGGAUAUUUCGUUCCUCUGUGAUGCUAUGGUAACUCAGAGGAAGACAACACCCCUCCCACCACUGACUGACAGGAGUGGUAUUGGUGACACACAGAACUUCAGUGUCUCAGAAAGUCUGAUCCCUGAAGAAUAUCACAUUGUGAAAAACAAAGGGCUGCGGAGCCUUGAGUUCUAUGAGGAUGCGUUCACAGUACAGCUGCAAGAUGACGAACAGAAACUACGGAUCUUUCCUUCACUGAGGCCUAGUGGCAGACUUGAAGUGGUCCAGCUGAUGAGGAUGAUGGACGACAUGCUGGAGAAGGCCGGUGUGGAUCAGCAAAAUGAGGAGCUGACUCAGCUCUCCCAGAUGGAGGGUCUGCUGGAGCUGGUGCAAGUUGAGCAGAACAUCUACAACAUUGUUUUCCAUGAACUGAUCAGGCAGGUCAGCGUGGGCUGUGUUGAGCGGGGACAGCUGCUUGCCAAGCUCAGACAGCGCUACCAGUCCUUGCUGGAGCGAAUCCCCCGCCGCCUGAAGGCUCUGCACACGGAGGCAGUGGCACAGCGGGCUCUGGACCGCCGGCUCACUGAUGAGAUCCAUCGCAUCAAGACUUCCAUCCAGCAACUCAGCACGGAACUGUCCAAGAUCAGAGACCAUGAUGCAUUUGUUUCCCAGCAGGCGGAGCGCGCUCACUGGCAGCUGGCUGAGUCGCUCGAUCAGACGCACACCAAUUCUGAUGUGGUCCAGGGUUACCAUGAGCUGUAUGAGCUGCAGAGAGGUCGCCUUGAGGCUCAGCUGCUUCAGAUGACAGAGGAGAGAGACUGUUGGAGCCAGCUCACCUUCUGCCUCGCCCUCAAGGUGAUGAGUGUGAAGAAGCUGCAGCUGGUCAGUCGGCUGCAUGUCUACGAGCAGAGCUGGUUUAAGACAGCAGAGCACUGCCUCCUCUACCUCACUUCAAAGGACACAGAGGACCUAAAUAUCAUCAUGGAGCUUAGUAACUACUGGAAAGAGCAGAUGACUGCUUUCAUGUCCCAGAUGAAGAAGACAGAGCAUGCUCAGUUUGAAGAGAUCUUUGCCAUCCAGCAAGGCAUCGCCAAGUGGCUCACCUUCUGCACCACACAGAACAAGUGUCCUGACCCAAAAUGUGAGAAAAUUUCACUGGAAAAGAUUCAUGCUGAUUUAACACAGUGGUCAAAUAUGUUGGCCCUCCAGUGUGAGCGCUACCAAGGUGAGAAGCUGUUCUGCUGCCAGCAGACACUGGGUGAGCUUGGCCGUGUCCAGGAAAGAUGGCUGGAUAAGAGCCUUCAGCUGUUCAGAAGACACUCUUCUCCUGAUGGUGAAACCCCUGGAAGCCAGCUGGGCAGGGUCCUAUCUGAGGUCCUCAAACAGCUGGACACACAAGUCAGUGGAGAGAGUGGGGUCCACGGACAGAUCACGUCACUGCUCGGCUUCAUGGAGUCCUGGGUUUCCAAGCUCAGUGCAAUGAUUUGCCGGCCAGAAUUGAUGCCUGUGUCUGAUUGGCUAAAGCUAGAGAAGGCACUACACAAAUGGCUGAGUUCUGCUGAAGAAGCCUUACAGAAUGUCUCCAUCACACAGACAGAGAACGAAGGGGACAAAAACAAGCCUGACAUAUAUAGAGAGACAGAGAGUGUGUUAGACAAAGUGCAGGAGUUCAUAACCAGCCUGUCCAACUUCAGUGAUGGUGAGAAUGCGAGACUCAGUGAGGAGGUCACUUCUAUUCACAUGGCUCAGACCCGCUGGAUGUUGGAGCUGUUGGUCCUCAUAGUACCUGACCAUAGUGAGAACCAGGAUCAAGAACCUGAACACCAAUACAUUACAAACAUCUCACCACAGACACUGGAUGAGGAUGCCAAGAUCCUGGCUGAGAAACUUGACUGUUUUUCCAAUUACAUCACCAGCUUUUGCAAGCUGAUUCUGGAGGAGGAGACUUUGCAGAACCCACAUCAAGCUGAGGGUGAAAAUGAGAUGAAUAAGUACAAAGAGCUGCAGAGGGAAUGCGUUGACUGGAAGGAGACCUGUACAGUCCUGCUCUCAAAGGUGAAAGGUUGUCCUGUGGAGCUGCCUGUCAGACUGCCUGCUACCACAUCCAGAAAUAAUGACACAGUCUCUCCAGCAGACAGCAUGGAGACUCUGGUGAACAAAGAGAUUUCAGCAGAGCCUACAACAGGCAGUGGGGUCACAGAGGUCAAAGAUGAGACUGAGGCAGAAUCAAGAGAUGGGGAGCCAACAGUUUGUGAGACACCAGUGGUGAAGCUGAUCGGCUAUGAUGGACAUAUUAUACAAAGAAAACUGGGAGAGAGCACUAUCUAUCUGAGUGGGACUGAUGAACUGGUCGUAUCUCCAGCAACAGAUGAAGCUCAGAAAGCUUUUAGUGAUCUGACCACAGUAGGAUUACUGCAGCGGGAACUGCAUGAUUCUGAGCUGCGGGUCCAGGCUGCUGAGCAACGAGCCCUGAAAGCUGAGGAGGCCCUGCAGGCAGCAUUGGAGAAGAUUCGGGACCUAGAGAGACAACUUCAGGGUCAGCCCAGUCUGGAGCCCAAAAGUAGUGAAGAGAAAAAGAAAACACCACCACCUUCCCCACCAGCAGUAGCACCCCCUGCUCCUCCAAAGAAAACAGCUCCCGAGGCCAAACCAACAAGCAGCACUAAAAGGACCAAGAAACGCUGAUCUGACAUCUAAUUAGAGCAUGUUACGACUCUGUAUGUUUGGGACUGUCCAAUUAAUGUCGAGGGAACUGCUUUUCAAGUCAUUUGUAUGAUUUUAUGUAUUGUGUGUUCUCUGUUGGAACAAGACCAGGG